GGAGCGGCGGGAGGAGCAGCCCUUGAGAGGAGCAGAGGAGGGGCUGCGCGCGCAGGCCCGGGCAUGGCCACCAUGCUGUACCCCCGCGAGGAGAAGCUGGAGAAGAUGAGCCAGGACGAGAUCGUGCUGGGCACCAAGGCGGUGGUGCAAGGCCUGGAGACCCUGCGCACCGAGCACCACUCCUUGCUGGCCGCCCUGCUCGACACCAUCGGCUGCCUGGAGCAGCAGCACGACGCCAGCGCCGCCCAGGAGAAGGCCAGCCUCUUGCGCAAGUCCCUGGACGCCAUCGAGUUGGGGCUCGGGGAGGCCCAGGUGAUCAUCGCCCUCUCAAGCCACCUGAGUGCCGUGGAGUCGGAGAAGCAGAAGCUGCGGGCUCAGGUGCGGCGCCUGGUGCAGGAGAACCAGUGGCUGCGGGACGAGCUGGCCGGCACCCAGCAGAAGCUGCAGCGCAGCGAGCAGGCCGUGGCCCAGCUGGAGGAGGAGAAGAAGCACCUGGAGUUCAUGAACCAGAUAAAGAAGUUCGACGAGGACAUCUCGCCCUCGGAGGAAAAGAACGGGGAGACGGCUAAGGACUCACUGGAUGACCUAUUCCCUAAUGACGACGACCAGGGACAAGGGCAGAACCACGGCAGUGGGGACGCGGCAGCCCAGCACGGCGGUUACGAGAUCCCCGCGCGCCUGCGGACGCUGCACAACCUGGUGAUCCAGUACGCCUCCCAAGGGCGCUACGAGGUGGCCGUGCCCCUCUGCAAGCAGGCCCUGGAGGACCUCGAGAAAACCUCCGGCCACGACCACCCCGAUGUGGCUACCAUGCUGAAUAUCCUCGCGUUGGUGUACAGGGACCAGAACAAGUACAAGGAGGCAGCUCACCUUCUCAACGAUGCCUUGGCCAUCCGGGAGAAGACCCUGGGGAAGGACCACCCUGCCGUGGCUGCCACGCUGAAUAAUCUGGCCGUGCUGUAUGGGAAACGGGGCAAAUACAAAGAGGCGGAGCCGCUGUGCAAGAGGGCGCUGGAGAUCCGGGAGAAGGUGCUAGGGAAGUACCACCCAGACGUCGCCAAGCAGCUGAACAACUUGGCGCUCUUGUGCCAGAACCAGGGCAAAUACGAAGAGGUCCAGUACUAUUACCGGCGCGCCCUGGAGAUCUACGAAUCCCGCCUCGGCCCUGACGAUCCCAACGUGGCCAAGACGAAGAAUAAUCUGGCCUCCUGCUACCUCAAACAAGGGAAAUACAAGGACGCCGAGACCCUCUACAAGGAGAUCCUGACCCGGGCACACGAGAGAGAAUUUGGAUCGGUCAACGGAGACAACAAGCCCAUCUGGAUGCACGCCGAAGAGCGAGAGGAGAGCAAGGAAAAGCGCAAGGAGAAGGACAGCGCCCCCUACGGGGAGUACGGCAGCUGGUACAAAGCCUGCAAAGUAGACAGCAGACACCCUGUGAGCCCCACGGUCAACACGACUCUGAAAAGCCUGGGGGCUCUCUACCGACGCCAGGGCAAGCUGGAAGCUGCGGAAACACUGGAGGAGUGCGCCCUGAAAACCCGCAAGCAGGGCAUGGACGCUAUCAACCAGAGCAAAGUGGUGGAACUACUGAAGGACGGGAACCGCUCAGAACAUCGGCCGACCCGCGAGGGGGCAUCCGGUGCCAACAAGUGCGAGAAUGGGGCUGAACCAGAAGACGGGGCGGCGGAGUGGUCUGGGGCAGGCUCCGGGGCCUUGCGGCGCAGCGGCUCCUUCGGGAAACUGCGCGACGCCCUGCGGCGGAGCAGUGAGAUGCUGGUGAAGAAGCUGCAGGGGAGCAGCCCACAAGAGCCCAGAAACCCAGGGAUGAAGCGAGCCAGUUCUCUGAACUUCCUCAACAAGAGUGUCGAAGAAGAGUCGAGCCAGGGGUCCAGUAGUCUGUCGGACAGCCGGGGGCUCAGCGCCAGCAACGUAGACCUUUCCCGGCGUAGCUCCCUACUGGCGUGAGGAGCGGCUCGGCCCGCUCCCAAUCGGGGCCGGGUUGGAGCCGGAAGAUCCAGGAGCCUCGGACCCUUUGGCUCGUCUUGUCACUGCUGCUCCAGUAUCGUGACCGUCUGUCCCCGAACGGUGCCGGGAGAGCCCCACCCUCUCGUGCUGGGUUGGGACUCGCCCUGCGUGGAGUUGGUAACCCCCCCUCACGCACGCAUGUGCGCCCUCCACUGACGUCUUCCUCUCCACCACCGGCAUGCUGCUGUCGGCGCUCUCCAUUUGUCGCAUCUCACUCCCAGAAGAGAGACUUUCGCGGUAGGCUCUUCACUUGGCCUGCCUCUGUCUUCUCCCAACCCCCUUCACAGCUUCUCGUGAGGGAUCGGCCGCUCCUACCGGCUGUCGAGGGACCCUGUCCUGCACUCUUUGUAUGUGUACGUGCUGUUGUAUGUUGUCAAGGUGGAUGGAGCUUUCCUUUUCCAGGAAUGCUGGGAAUUGUAGUUCUUGGGGGUAGUAUGGGAGCAGGAGAAAGGUCUUGGAUUUUGGUGGGGUUUUUUGGUUGGGGUUUUCUUUUUUGGGGUGGGUGGGUGUUGGAGAAUUCUCCGCAUCCCGGAGGGCAAGGACUUUAAAAAUUCUGGUGCUCAUGGUGAGCUGUGCUAUAACCUGUUUGGGCCACCAGACAGAAGAAGAAAAAAGUUGGUGGGCCCCGCUUGUCCCAUAAUCCACAGCUCCAUCUAGACCGGCUGGCCUCCUUCCUGGGUGGGGCUGCUUUGAAGACCUCCAACGAGGAAGAACUACAAUUCCCAGGGCAAGCCGUGUGCCCCCCUGACCCUCUUCCCGUGUUUGUGUCUUGCUUAGCGUUUUGUGUUUUGGUCUCAGGGAGACGCCGUUCCUUUUCCAAGCCCCGAUCCCCGCCUCUCACAUUCCUGUCUUUACGCAUUCCUGUUCUCAUUUGUGGCCCUGGUACACAGCUGCCUCUCCAUCCACUUUGCCUCCUGUGCCCGUUUGAGGGCAGUGUCGUUCGUUCACCAAUCUGUGGUCUUCAUAUCCCUCCCUCUCCAAUUCUUGUGGGUCUUGGGGUAGGGGGAUUGUCUGUCUGCAGGCGCCCGGCUCAUGGCAGCUGGCCAGGGAGGAUCCUAUUAGCAGAUCAUACCCUCGCCUCGCUGGGGCCGGUGUUACCAUCUUUGACUGCCUUCCUUUCCCUUCCUGCUAGAUGGCAUCAAGCAUAGCGGGGCGGAAGUGAAGGUGGCACAGCCUAAGGUGGGCCCGGCCUGCUUCCUUGAAACCAUCAUCUCUCUUUUCUGCCAAGCGCUUAGAGACUCUGUGGGGGCGGGAAGGGGCUGCGGGGGAUCCCAGGGAGGGGAAGGAAUGGGGAUAGGGGGUCUUCCGGGGUGGGGACCCAGUUAUAAUUAUGCAAGCAAGUGCUGAAACUAGAUUCACGAAACCCUCCCUCUUGUGUGCCCGCACGUGAAUGCUCCGUGCUUUUCAGUCGCUCGGGGGACACCCAAGCUAAGCGAAGCUGCGUUUUCUUUCCUGGCCAGGCUCGAUCCCUCACUGAAUCCGGAGUGAGGGGGGAGAAGACCGGGACACUCUUCUGCACAUAUCAAUUGCCUCCCACCUGUGCACAGAGCAUUUUCCUCCUUUUUGUAAAAGGCUGCUGAUAUGCCUCUGGAUCGAUGCAGGGCUCGCUCAUGUCUCUUGCAGGUUGGGCCUGGUGGGAGCAUUCCAGCAGCAGCAGCAGCUUCCUUUGCUGGCAUUUCUGGCAAACGGAAAAGCCGCCUCCCGCUGCGGCGUCUCCCCUUUCAGUGCCGUUUCACUGAAGGCCGCAGGGGUGUCGUCCUGUCUUCUCGGAUCCGGUCCCCUUUCUCCAUCUCUCCAUCAUCGUUCAUAGCUCACUAUUUAAGAAAUGCAAGGUACGGAACAAGUGAGGGGGAGAAAGCCCUCUUCCCUUAUUCCAGCUGGGGGAGACUACCUUUGAAGAGUCCAUGGGCUUUGUCCAUGUGCAAAGAGAAGCCCUGUGUCACAGGCGGAACUCAGGGCGCUUAGCCAUUGCUGGGUUUGGGUAGAGGGCUUGGUAGCUGCUUGGGGGGGGGGGUUGUGUGUGAAUAGGAUGGGGCAAGUUUUGCUCUGUAUUUAAUUAUGUUGCUGUAGAAAUAAAGAAAGAGGA